UGUGUUAUACUUUGUUUUAGCAAAGUUCCAAUGGUCCUGUAAAGAAGUCCAUGCGUGAGAAGGCCGUCGAGAGAAGGAAUGUCAAUAAAGAGCACAAUAGUAACUUUAAAGCCGGAUAUAUUCCAAUUGAUGAAGAUCGCCUCCAUAAAACGGGCUUGAGAGGGAGAAAGGGCAAUUUAGCCAUCUGCGUGAUUAUCCUCUUGUUUAUCCUGGCUGUCAUCAACUUAAUUAUAACACUUGUUAUCUGGGCUGUGAUUCGCAUUGGACCAAAUGGCUGUGACAGCAUGGAGUUUCACGAAAGUGGUCUGCUUCGGUUUAAACAAGUAUCUGACAUGGGAGUUAUACACCCUCUUUAUAAGAGUACAGUAGGAGGAAGGCGAAAUGAAAAUUUGGUCAUCAUUGGCAACAACCAGCCUAUUGUUUUUCAGCAAGGGACAACAAAGCUCAGUGUAGAAAAGAACAAAACUUCUAUUACAAGUGACAUUGGCAUGCAGUUUUUCGACCCAAGGACUCAAAAUAUCCUAUUCAGCACAGACUAUGAAACUCAUGAGUUUCAUUUACCAAGUGGAGUGAAUACUUUGAAUGUUCAAAAAGCCUCUACUGAAAGGAUUACCAGCAAUGCUACUAGUGAUUUAAAUAUAAAAGUUGAUGGGCGUGCUAUAGUGCGUGGAAAUGAAGGAGUGUUCAUUAUGGGCAAAACCAUUGAAUUUCACAUGGGUGGUAAUAUGGAGUUAAAAGCAGAAAACAGCAUCAUCCUAAACGGAACUGUGAUGGUUAGCACAACUCGUCUACCUAGUUCCUCCAGUGGAGACCAGUUUGGUACUGGCGACUGGGUGCGGUACAAGCUUUGCAUGUGUGCUGACGGAACUCUCUUCAAAGUACAAGUAACAGGCCAGAACAUGGGCUGCCAAAUCGCAGACAACCCCUGUGGAAAUACUCAUUAGAAGAACCUGAGAGGUCAUCAGUAUGUUUAUAUCUUGACUUGACUUUUUUUUUAAGUAUGCAUGCAAAUCAUGUUUUUACAGAGUUUGUGAUACCUGGUAAUUGUUUUAUCUGCAGAGCGCUACUGUAUCUAUUAUAUAUAAUCUCCAUAUUUAAAAUGUUCUCAGAGAGCCUAAAUUCUAAUACAUUUUAUUAAGUUGCACUGAUCUUCAAAUUAUAGUUCUCUAAAAUAAUUAUCAGAAGUGAAUAAAUCAAAAUUAAUCUUGAAAAAUGUAUUUUUAAAAUUCCACUAUUCCUGUCUAAAGGAUAAAGGGCUGAAGCAACUGUUUAAACUUACUCUAAGUAAGCUUUUGGUAACUAAUGGGGAUAGACCCACUUAAGAUACUUAAAAGCUAUGCCGUCAAUAAGUGUUACAUGCUCUGUCUUUUGGCUUCUAAGAAGAAAGACAGAUUUUUAGUGCAUUAACUUUCAGCCAUAUUCUCAUAUGCAAAUGAAGUCAUUAAAGAACUUCACAUAUGUGAGAUAGUAAGAAACUAUGGUUCCCUAGUUUUGCACUAGGAAGAAAAUAGUCUGUAAUAAAAUGUUUAUUUGUUAAAUAUAGAUAAAUAUUAAGCGUUCACAAUGUGGUAGAAAUUAAAAUACCAUCUCAGCUUUAACUUUUAGCUAAUGAUAAUAACUGUCAUUUACUAAGCAUCUUACACAUCCUAGGCAUUGCAUAUGUAAUAUCUCUAAUUCUCACCGGAACUCUGAAAGUAGGUGUUGUUAUCCCAGUUUUACCCAUUGGGAAACUGAGGAUCGGUUAAGGAACUUGCCUAAUAUUACAUAGGAAAUAGCAGAGUUGGGAUUGAGAUUUAGGUGUGAGACAAACUUCACUGCACCUGCCUCCAAAUAUCAUGUUCUUUUCACUACCUGCACUGUAGUUUUAAUUAUUUAAAACUCUAGAAAGAUAAACAAAGACUAAUUCAAACUUACAGAUUACAAUCAAAGCAGGUAUGCUUACUCUAGUUAAAAAAUCAAUCUCUUGUUGAAAAGAAAAUGUCCAAUUCCUGUUAGAUUUUAAACUAUCCUAAGCCAAUUCCAAAAUAUACUAUAGAGAGGUCCAAUUGGCCUGAUUAUGGGUGACCCCAGUUUCCUGACUGUUGGGCCCUGGUACAUCGGAGUACCUGAAUUGGAAUAAAGGGUUGCCAGAAUAUUUAUACCCUUAGCCCUCAGGGCAACACAAUAAGAAGUGGGGGGGCCAUGGCCCCAUGCAAGUCCUGCUGACUAGUGUGCACCAUAUAAAUACCACUCUUAAUGUGUAUCAUGCCUGGAAAAUAGGUGGGAAGCACUAGACUAAACCGCAGAAGAUAAUUAUUCAGGAGAUAAUACAAAUAAUUUUUAAGGAGGUAUGAGACUUGAUCUCUACUCCUAAUAUUUCCAUCCCAUUGCAAUCAUUUACAACCCUCAAGUCAGUUUGUUUUUAAAAGUAUUUUACAUUUAACUUGAGAGGAACUCUGGUAUUAUUAAGACAUAUACAACAUCAGGGGCAGAGACUUCAAAGUUGUUUGCUAUAAAGUAGGUCGUGGUCAUAAAUCAUAGGCCCCAGUCCGCAUUCAAGUAUAACAGUAUUCUGUCUUGGCCAUUUUGAACUGUGUGGAUAAGAAAAUCAAUCCAAAAAACAAUUUGCAUGCAAUAUUGUUACAGUUCUCUCUGACAGAAGAACUUGAUGCUUUAGAGAUUAUGAAUAGUCAUUGAAAGAUACUAAAAUAGAAAUUGAUUUACUACAUGGUACUGAGUGCAGCUUUUAAAUGAAUAAAAAAGAGUGAAAUUUAUAACCUCUGAGUGUUAUUAGUUGUAGUGAUAUUCAGAAGCUAUUUUAAUAUAUUCAGUAUCAUUUAAUAUCUGAAUGAUAUCCAGAAAAAAUCCAUUGGAAUUUUCAUUCAAAUGCUCAGUAUAUUUUUUAAUUUUAAGUUCAUUAAAUUUAAGUUCUGCUCUAUUUUGAUUUGUUUUGAAAAUUUCUUUAAAUAAAUAUUUUUAUAAAAAUUA